UUACGAUACAAGUGGGAUGGGCCUGGAUCAGUAGUAUGUUGGGCUACAGUUAAGGGAAGCCUCUGUUUCUAACAAGGGAAAGCAGAGGCAAAAGACAAAAGAGAUGGGGAGGUGGGGAGGAAAAAUCAGUUUGCUGCAUAGGAAAAAACAUUAGAUUGAUGGCUGGGAGUCACAAGUUUUGGAGCUAGAGAAACAAAAGCGAGGUUGAAUCUAAUGGAAGAAAAGAUGUAAAAUACCAACAUGGGGCUAAAUCUAGAAUUAGGGUUUUACAUGUGGGUAAAUGUUGGGGCAAGGAUGCAGAAAAAGAAAGAUUUAAACCUCCAACUAACAUUUUUCUCUGCCUCCUUCCUAUCCCUAAGUUAAAUAAUGGCAGAGACGAGUCUGUUAGAGGCUGGGGCCUCUGCAGCAUCCACCGCCGCAGCUCUGGAGAACUUACAGGUGGAGGCCAGCUGCUCUGUGUGCCUGGAGUACCUGAAGGAGCCUGUCAUCAUUGAGUGUGGGCACAACUUCUGCAAAGCUUGCAUCACCCGCUGGUGGGAGGACCUAGAGAGGGACUUUCCUUGUCCAGUCUGUCGAAAGACCUCCCGGUACCGCAGUCUCCGGCCUAAUCGUCAACUAGGCAGUAUGGUGGAAAUUGCCAAGCAGCUCCAAGCUGUCAAGCGGAAGAUCCGGGAUGAGAGCCUCUGCCCUCAGCAUCAUGAGGCCCUCAGCCUCUUCUGCUAUGAGGACCAGGAGGCUGUAUGUUUGAUAUGUGCAAUUUCCCACACCCAUCGGGCCCACAAUGUCGCACCACUGGAUGACGCCACACAGGAGUACAAGGAAAAACUGCAGAAGUGCCUGGCGCCUCUGGAGCAGAAGCUGCAGGAGAUCACGCGCUGUAAGUCCUCAGAGGAGCAGAAGCCUGCAGAGCUCAAGAGGCUGGUGGAGAGUCGCCGGCAGCAGAUCCUGACGGAAUUUGAGGAGCUGCACAGGCGGCUGGAUGAAGAGCAGCAGACAUUGCUGUCGAGACUGGAGGAGGAGGAGCAGGACAUUCUGCAGCGCCUCCGAGAAAACGCUGCGCACCUAGGAGACAGGCGCCGUGACCUGGCCCACCUGGCCGCUGAGGUGGAGGGCAAGUGCUUGCAGUCGGGCUUCGAGAUGCUUAAGGAUGUCAAAAGUACCCUGGAAAAAUGUGAAAAGGUGAAGACCAUGGAGGUGACUUCAGUAUCCAUACAGCUUGAAAAGAACUUCAGCAGUUUCCCCCGACAGUACUUUGCCCUAAGGAAAAUCCUUAAACAGCUAAUUGCGGAUGUGACCCUGGACCCUGAGACUGCUCAUCCUAACCUAGUCCUGUCGGAGGAUCGAAAGAGCGUCAAGUUUGUGGAGACAAGACUCCGGGACCUACCUGACACACCACGGCGCUUCACCUUCUACCCUUGCGUCCUGGCUACUGAGGGCUUUACCUCAGGCCGACACUACUGGGAGGUGGAGGUGGGCGACAAGACCCACUGGGCAGUGGGUGUGUGCCGGGACUCUGUGAGCCGAAAGGGCGAGCUGACCCCACUGCCUGAGACUGGCUACUGGCGGGUGCGACUGUGGAACGGAGACAAAUAUGCAGCCACUACCACGCCUUUUACUCCUUUGCACAUCAAGGUGAAACCCAAGCGGGUGGGCAUAUUCCUAGACUAUGAGGCCGGCACACUGUCUUUUUACAAUGUCACAGACCGCUCCCAUAUCUACACCUUCACUGAUACUUUUACUGAGAAACUAUGGCCUCUCUUCUACCCAGGCAUCCGGGCUGGAAGGAAGAAUGCUGCGCCACUUACCAUCAGGCCCCCGACAGAUUGGGAGUGACAGGGAGGGAUGAGGCAGGAUCAAGAGCUAUGGGCCUUCCUUCCUGUGACCUGCUGGAGCAGCUUCGCGUCUGCCUGUUCCCGUCCUGAACCAUCUGGGAGAAGCGCCUGGGUGUCUAGAGUGGUUUAUGUGGAAGCGUAGGUAGGACUGGUCUGGAGUGAGCACAGCUAUGUCUCCUCCUGUCGGGUGGGGAGUAGUUCCCAGGGACGCUCCCCGGAAGCCCUCAGGUUUUCUAUUGCACAGGAUGGGCUGGGAAGGGAGGAGGGGCUUUUCCAGAAGCAAAAAGUCUGUGGGAGGGUGUGACAGACUCAAACCAGAGGAGGAAACAGAAGCCCCGUGCAUUUUUUAGGGGGCUCUGACGCAGAAUAGUUAUGUU